AUGCUUCUGCAACAGAUGUUCAAAAUGCGUUGCACGAAAGGUGAGGACUUCCUACUAUUUCAACUAAAUCUGUGGCAAAUAAGGUUGAAGGAAAUUUCUCAGCAGAUAAAGAAAGAUGGAGUAUCGAUGCCUGACGUUUUGCGUCCACUUACCCAGCAUUCCAUACUGCAAUGCUUGAUUGGCCCGUCACACUUAGCUUUCCGGUUGGAAGACGGACGUGUUUGCCGGGUAGCUUAUUCAGUGCGAUCUGAUCGGUCGUCCACGAAGCCGGAUUUGAAGCGAAAGAAUACAACCUCCCAGUUUGAGACUUCCACUGCAGCUCGCGACGCAUCUCGAACAGCGAGUGGGCAGUAUGGUGUGAGACCGCACCGCUCUCCUUUCAGUGUCCUUAGCCGGACAUCUCGAGGUAUCAGCUUUUUGCGCGAAAUGCAGCGACAAGGUAUAUAUCUCGCUCGCCCAGUCGCUUCACAGAUACCAGCGAGUGAAGUUCCUGAAAGUCUCAUUGAGGAGUGUCAGACUGUACUCGAGGGUAAAUCUCGGCAAGUGAUAAUCAGGGAGUUACAAAAUACCAACUUGGAUGUGAAUAUGGCUGUCAACAACCUUUUGUCUCGUGACGAUGAAGCUGAACAGUCGAACAGUGUUUCCGGUGAUGGCACUAGUGGCCUCGGUGGCCUCGGAUCGGGAUCUGAUGACUGGGAUGAUGAGUCCAUGGAUCUAUUAUCGUUCUUCCAAUAUCCUGACAGCCAUAUACUCUUCGAUACAGACGCGAUGGUUCCAGAUGAAUUGAUGGAACCUCCAACAUCGCCUCGUCACAGAGGGGAGCUUGCCAGCGACUACGGCCAUGUAUUGCGCAUACCAGAGAGAGAGAGAGAGAGAGCGCUGUUUUCCACAUCCACUUCAGAGUGGUUGAAGUGCAGAGAUGGUCAACUUUUCUCCUGGCAGAGGGGUAUGAAAGCGAUUGCUGGGUGCUGUCGGUGCGACUCACAUUCCAGCAUAGGGACCGCUGUAAUUUUCAUGUGCUUUGUUAUAGAAUGUGGCUUUCUCAGUGACCGCCGAAAACGUCGUCGCAUGGAAUCUCAGCUUUCCAGUCGCAACAACGAGUCGGUUACUGCUCGUUCAGGAGAGUCGGGCCGCACCUCUGGUUUGGAUUCCACUGGCUUUGAAAGCGGUUGUUCGACGCCGACGAGACAAGCUAUACAGCUUGGUGACCAGUUGGAGUUUUGGUCUAGUUCAGACAAUCAUGAAUUGGAUUUGCAGUUUUCCCAAAUUGUGGCCCUCCAUUCAGAACUUGUUGGUUUGAGUACUGCUGGCGAGCUCCACCAGUGGCGUUGGGCAGAUACCCGCCCGUUUUCGGCGACGGCUAAUCUUAAUCCUCACUCCAACAAAAAGACUUCCGAAAGUACCACACCCAUAGAUAAUUGGUCCCUACCCACCCGGGUCGAUUCAAAUUCACGACAGACAGCCCAGUACUACCAUCCUCGAGUUCCUACUUUAGGUCUUCUGGACGAACGCAUAGUGCGUUUGUCUGGUUGGGCUACACGUGCAACUGUACUGACGGCGUCUGGGAAGUUGGCAACCUGGAUUGACGAGAGCCUCCUGCGUUUGUUGCCCGUGAACACCACUCAACCAAACUCUGUCUCAAAACUCUUAAGUUUUGAACACCGGGCCACAGCCUUUCAUGAACUGCGGGACGAGAACAUUGUCGAACUUCAUACUGCACCAUUGAUAACCGUUGUUCGUUGUCACUCUGGAGCGGCAUACUGGUGGGGCAUCUACCCUCCCUAUCUAAGACAACGUACCAUUGAAAAAUCUAGACAGCAUAGAUCAAAUGUAUCUCGAAGCGGCAACACUGGUACCAAACCGAUGAGGCAAUCUGCUCCCAAUCGAUCUAACACUGAUGCAGUGGUUCCGGUUUUUCAAACCCAUUUCCGCCCAACAUCUCUGGAAGUAGUACCUGGGGCAUUCGUGCGCAUGAAAAGUGCACCCAUUUUCCACGCUGGAGCCGUGGGAUUCACAGUAGUGGGUGGAGUCCCGAAGGUCGGUACGUUGCUUGAAGACGCCUGGAGAAUAACUGAUGUAUGUCGAUUCCGUGUCAAUCCUGCCCAAGGAGCUCCUUCGGGUAUACAACAACUAGAUGGUGUAUCUGGUCAGACCACAUCUGUUACUACCGAUGAUCCGGUUCAACAUGCUCUUACGUGUCCUCACGCCUUGGCUGCCGCUAGCGCAAGUCCCUAUGCUACCCAGUCGACAGGUGGAUCGAACGCGGCCUUCGCUACUGCAGCAUCUCCAAAUCCUUCCUUAUCAGAACCACAAACCUCAUUCCACGAAAUGCCACCACCACCGUCCCCUGCUUCGUCAACUUGCAGUGACCAGUCCGGACCUGUGCGUGUUAGUCCAGGAACUUUCAAGAGGAAAAAGAUAUCCAGCACCUCCAGUGAUCGGGGGGACCGUGGCGCCAGUGACAACGAAAGUAGUAGUCGAAGCACCCGAGGACGUUCCGCCGACCGGGAACUCAUCAGCUAUGUAUCAACAAGCGCCAGACGCCAGGCCAGUUCAGUCGAAGCUGGCAACGACUUGGUCCAUAAGAUACAACUGACUGCUGUGACAGUCGAGGAGGAUUGGUGUCUCAGUGAAGUCAUAUUUGUGGAGGAUGGUCGUACACAGCCUGUUGGAAUUGUUUUGAAAGUCGAUGGCAAUAUUGCAGCGGUCCGCUUUCUGAAGGAUCAGGAACGAGCUUGUCUUGCUUCCAACUGCCCCUACUCACCGGUGUGCAGCCUCGUUCAUAGCAUCAUCAACACCGGAUCUCAGAACCAUGCUUCGUCGACCAACAAUAGUCCGGCUCUACCGUUAGUUUCGCCCAUAUCCACCGCAGCUUUUCCUGACCCGAUGGCAUGGGUCAACGAUUGUCGACUUCUACGCAAAGAUGACCUGGCCGUCGUAAAAUACGCUGACUCCUCCCGCGUCCCUGAAUUCGUACAGAAAACACCCAGGCGACUCUUCGCCUACCCUCAUAUCCCCCGAAGUUCAUCGGAUUCGAAAUCUGCAUCUGCUAGGACAUUGCCCCCUGUUUCCACGCAGCCCAAGGUGCUUACGAUUGCGCCCGAAAAUAAUCGUGUUCAUGUUAUUGCUGAAUAUUCAAUUGGCAGUGGUCAACAGCAACUGGUAUAUCAUAUUUACAACUUAUCUGGAAGAUUGGUUGCCCAUCACAAGCUCCACUUGCCGAUUUCUGGAAUUCAAUCAUCAUCGGAACUGUCUGAACCCAUCGUCAAUUUGACAUGCCCUGCCGAGCCCCCGUUCUUGCUGCGCGAUUCGACUGGACUAGUCUACCCGUUCAUUCCUCCAAACCGAUCAGGUGGAAAUCAGGAAGCUGUUUGCCGAAAUUUAUUGCUCGACUUACCACCAGUACAGUGCGCUGCCUUCUCCUGGCUUCACCUGGGACGGCAUUUGAGUUCUUCGGGCCGGCAGGGUUCUAAGGUGCAGUCUGAGCAACAACAAUCCUCAGGUUGUUUGUUGGGUCUCAUCGUAGUUCGGGAUCUUACUUUGAUGCAACAUGUGCUUCGCGCAAAUGACAGUCAAGUCGAACGUUUGUUGUCUACCGACUGUGAAAUGUCGGCGGAAGUUAACAGGCGAUUGGCCUCGGAAUUGGUGGACGGUCAGCGUAACUUAAUACACAUGGCCGUGACGAUGUGUACGCCACUUUCCAACCGCGAAACCAGUCCUGAGUGGAAUACAAAGCUGGAAUCCAUCUUGGCUGAAACCGUCGUUUUCCAUCCUCUUACCGAUGUACCCACACCGAAAGGUCAUGAUCCUGACAAGCACUCUCCGGUUUCUUCCAACGUUACUUUGGCGCGCCCAACGUUCUGGUCUUCGAUGGCUCGGUCUACGAAUAAUUCUGGCUCCCUCAGUAUGCACGAACUCUUCAUUCGGUCAUCGAUCGCUGCUGCUGCAGUUGCCGCUGCUGCAUCAGCUUCCGCUACUACCGUAGGUAACUCACGCAAUGAGGACCGCGAACCCCGUCCACAGGUGGCCAACGGCACCAAUUUUUGGCAUCUUCCACCUGUCCGCAAGGACGAGCUAACACGUCGUGUUGCUUCGUAUAGGAUUGUGCGCCUACUGCUUGAGAGCUGUCAACUUCGUCCUCAUCUAUUGAGUUUACUGACCGCAAGAAAUACCGAGAACUUGACACCUUUCAUGCUCGCUAUCAAAUACCGAGCCUAUCAUGUGGCCUGGUUCUUGUAUAGAACCAUACAGUCGUUUAUCACCUCUACUUCGGAGUCUGGAGAAUUCUCAUCGGCGCCUUACAAGGAAUUCCUGUUUCCUUAUGAUUCCCACCCUGACGAUUCCCCUCUGUUUUUGCUGUGUUAUAAUGACACUUGUAGCUUCACAUGGACUGGCCCUGAACAUAUCCGACAGGAUAUUUUCGAAUGUCGAACAUGCGGCUUAAUGGAUUCACUCUGUUGUUGCACUGAAUGUGCUCGUGUAUGCCAUCGAGGUCACGACUGUCGGCUCAAGCGGACGUCCCCGACAGCUUACUGCGAUUGUUGGGAGAAAUGUCGUUGUCAAAGCCUAAUUGCUGGUGCUCAGGCACCUCGUCAUGAGCUGUUUUAUCGUCUGCUCAACGAUACUAAUUUGAUCAGCGUUAUCAACUCUAAAAAUGAACACUUGCUGCUAUUCCUGGUCAAAUGUGUGGAAAGACAGCUACGUGAGCAAAAACAGCAUAGACCAUCCAGACGUCACAUCACCUCAUUAACCUCCCGAUCCUCUACCGGUGCCACUGGAUCGGCCACUUCAACCGCGCCCUCCGUACCGGUUACGCAGCCAUCCGGUUGGGAUUUGUCAGGAAAUGUUCAGAGCAACCCGACGCCAGAGGAACCUGAGCAUGAUCUGGAUCCUCCGAGGUUUGUACGCGAUGCAUUGGAACUGGCUCUGGACUGUCCCAAGGCAGUCGAGAGCAUUUUGUUAAUGGAUAUACAUCCACAUUAUGAGGAGAGUUGUCGUCGGACAGCGACAUCAACUACACUAGAUGAAGAAAACAUACUGUUCACACAAGGCAGUGCUGCGCAGUUGGACGAAUUUGUGUUCACUUUGGUUUGUAAAUGCCCUUCUGAGCUUGUGGACAUUUUACUUAUCACAAUCAAUCGCCAAAUGACCGCAGAUGUUUCCUCCGACGGGCCGGUUGUCGACAGGCUCGUAUCGAUGGAUACGGAGUGUUUUGAAUUUGGAACUCAUCUUCCUGGACUUUCGCCUCGCCUAUUUUCAGGGCAAUCGACUGGAAGAAUGCGGCAGGCUGCAGGUCGGUUCGUUCGCGCUGUUGCUAGGAUCUACACGGGUCUGUCAUUGGAGCUUACGGCUGAUCAUAAGAAGAAAAAGAGUCGCCUCUUGCUAACACAGCCAGCCCCACUAGACGUAUGCCGGCAUAUUUUCAGUCUCUUGGCCCCUGUAACACUCGCAGAACUGCCUACUAUUGCAAUGGGUUUGUUAACACCUUUGCGAACUGGAACCCUACGUCCAAGCGUGACUUUUUCCCUCGUCACCCAAUCGGGAGAUGCGAUACAGGGCCUCGAGCAUUUGUUUGUCUCGGAAAGGAACACUUCGACGCGACGUCAGCUUCUUGAGGCUACCGAUUUAUCUCGUUCCACUGACACUGCGUCUCUUCCCUUGGGCGCCGCAGAAUGGCGCAAUCGUCUCGUUCGCAGUGUUGACGAUAGGCGGGAACAGUCCGCCGAUGCCCAUCCACCACUCGCACAAUCGAAUAUACCGGUUACGUACUCUGAGCACGUGUCUCUCACUAUUCCAGUAUCCCACCAUACUGUUGUGUCGACUUUGAAUGUUGACUUAUCACUGCCAGCAGUUGGCAGCUCUUCCGCCGGUGAUAUUUCGGAACUACGUGAUACGCAUUCAGAUGUUCCCGAAACGCGCCCUGUCCCUACUCCGUCACCACCUAUGUCUGCGCCUAUUGGGGAUCCAUCAGUGCUUACUCGCCAAAUGCAAUCCACCAUUUGUGAUAUCGACAAAGAUUCUUAUGCGGUAGAUGAAAAUGUAAUGAAUCAGACUUCUGUCACACAGUCUACGGUGCAAAUCGGAUCAUUUGUGGGGGAUAAUACUAUGCAUUGCACUACUGGUCCAAUCAUAGAACAUUCGUAUAUUUCUGAAAUUCGUGCAAGUGAACUUGGAUCAUCUGGAUCGACAAGCACUAACACGCAGAACGGGAAUUUUAGCGCAGUCACAGUUGAUCCAAGCUUGUCUGAUUCUACCGUCAAUCGCACGAACAGUUCGUAUGUUAUACAGGAAGGACGGCAGCAGGGGGAAGAUUCCACAAAUGUGGCAACACCUAUGGGUGACCUGACCUCAGCCUCGACAAGUCAGGCGCGUCAUUUCGCUGUCACCAGAGGUGCAGACAAUCUAGACUUCGGGACCCUACCCAAACGCCGUCGUACGUUGGACACUUCUGUUGUUCCUUCAUGCGAUGACCGUCCUCAGUCUACCACCUCACAGCAGUCGGACGAUUUGAAUGUUGUAACGGAAGAAGAUGGGUUGAGGAUUUCAUUUUCCUUAUUGGACGGUGAAAGCUCAGCUAGUCAGGCCAGCAGUACGGGUGCGACCGUUGCUACCACAUUACCGGACAACUUGGAUGCGAUCGAUACCGUGUCAGAAGUUACUACUGUUUCUUGCGAUUCCCUAUGUCAUAUCAGGUCAGACCGUAAUCCUACGGUUGAAGCUUUUUCUGCAACGACUGCGCUACACCCUCCAUCCCAGACGGUUCAGACUAUUGGUGACCAGCCGGCCGGUCAUGAUUUUGGUUACAACGAGAUGUUGACCUCUGAAGUCGGUUCUUAUGCACCAUCCAUGUCUCUCGUAGGGUCGGACAUGCCUAAUCGCGUUGGUGAUGAAGAUGAUGACGAUGAUCGUGAGUUACACGGUGAUAGAUCACCAUCUGGCCAAGUAACUGUUGAUUUUCCAGCUGAGGAUGCAUCUGAUGGUCAAGUAUCCGACUAUGACGACGAAGACGAUGAUCAGGAGGAGGGUGAGGAUAACGGAGAUGAUAACGAAGAUGACGAUGACGACGAGGAACAUGAAACGGAUGAGGAGGAGGAUGUAGAUGAAGAUGGCUAUGGGGAUGAUGGCGAGGAGCUGAUUGAAGGAGAAGACGAAGAAGAGGAUGACAAUGACGAUGACUCUUCUCACCACAGUGAUAACUCCAGUGCAGAUGCUGAGAGUAGGUCGGCAUCACCAACAUUUGGCUCUUGGACCCGUAGUCCAGUGUUUUCCAGGGUCAGCUCUCGCCCUGCGGUCUCCAGGUCAGAUGAAGCUGCGUUCUCCAUCAACACUGCCUCCGGUACGAGGAGAGCAUCAGACGCGACUGCGCCCUCUAGUACCACUUUAACUCCAUUAACAGCAACCAGUACAUCUGUAACCGGUUCCUUACGAACGAGCUCCAGCCCCGUCCGUCGUUCGGUGCAGUCGGUGAUCAAUCUGCUUUCGAGUACAUCCGCAUCAUCGACGACGACCCCAACCAUUGUGGUUUCCGGUAGUAGUGUUUCUAAUCCCGUUACCAACGCGAUGUCAACUAGCAAUGCGUCGGCCAAAUCUGAUCGUGGCUGCACAAUAAACACUCAGAUACACCUCAGCCGAGCCUUUGGAUGCUUAAUGCGCGUGAUUGCAGAUCUGAUUGUGGAACUUCGCGAGGAAGCGGGUUCCUUCAACAGUACCAUCCGUCGUUGUGUCUCAGUUCCAGCUUCUAUCGCUCCUCCACCUUCUGUGUACGAACAACAAAAACAGCUCCCUGUUUACAGCUCGUCGACAAGCGUUAGCUCAUCCGGUUCUACUGCAACGACGAUGUCCACAUGCACUAAUCCACAUACAUUACUUUUAUCCUCUCCAAUGUCUACUACGAAUCUAGCGUCGAAUACCUUCACUACGCGUCCCUUCGGCUCGUCAUUCACUGAGUUCCAGCCUCAAUUGUUCCAAACGAAUCAUUCAGUUCAAAUCACUCUCCCGUUGCUGGGCACUUCUGGGCAACCAAAUAGAUUAGUGUCAACUGUGCGCCCGCCAAGUUUUCCAUCCAGAGCGCGCGUAUCGGAGCCCGAUUUCGCUGAGCUCAUGGCAGCUGUUGGAGUCGUGCUUUCCCCGGUUUGGCAAUGGUUAUCACAUGCUUUGGAUAACCUCGAGUCCCAGCUGCGUUUCUCGUCCGCUUGGGCCAUUCGCUUCAAGCGAACUGUCAAUGAAGCAUCGGAUCCCACGAGUGCCGAUCGACAGGAUACUGGUCCUACAGCCCAGACAUCAGCGACUCUAUCUGGACGAUCGACUGGUUCCUACAGUGUGCUAACUAUCGGUCGGUCUGGAACAAACGCUCGUCCCACGGGGACCCUUCCGUCUUCACUUGGUGGUCCGACCGGCUCAGAAUCCGUGGCACAUGCGGAUGGCACUGUACUAACUCAGCGAACUGAUUUACUGUCGUACGUGUUUUCUUUGAUGCGGGCUUCUGGUGGUGAUCACGGAGACAGUGUACCGUCCGUGUCAGCUUCAGCGAGCAAACACUUAGCCUAUGUACUGGAUGCGCUCUUAUACUUCUUCAAAGCCUUCGGAACAGCCUGGCCCUCAGGGGUUACACGUCAGCUUUUGACGAACGCAGCUCGUGACAAAGGAGACACUUUGGAAAUGGCUGAUUUACCGGACCGGGAAACCGAGUCUGUCGGUUUGUCUGGGUCGCUCUCUAUGAUCCACAACAUAACUCAAUUGGAACGUGGUGGCCCCGGUACCGAUGAACCGGCGUCUUGCCUAAUUGGCCAGAUAACCCAACGUGAGGACUCAUUCUUCCGUCGGUCUGAAAGUAUUUUAUCGCUGUCUGGCUUUGGUUUGGACCUUAUUGAUACACCCUUAUCAGACUCAUUGCCGUUGGCUAUGCAACCACAACGACUGCACCCCACCUCUACGCGGACUGAACUGUUUGGACCUGCCCGUUAUUUUACAGAUGAUGUCCGGAUUGAACGUAACAUUUCCAAUCGGGAGCAUCUUCCCAUGCAGUUAAAUGGAUCUUUCAGUCAGUGGGGUAGAGAAGUUUCAAAGGGUGGCCGCAGAGGCCGUUUCUGUUUAGAAAAACUCAGCGCUGAAGACGCCGCCCGUCUAUCUACCAACACUGGUCUCACCUACCGUGCACUAUGCGUUGGUGGUGGUUUCCUUGAUUCUGUUGGACACGCUGCAACCCUGCUGUCUCGAUGGUGUUUAUCUCUGGAGUUUUUCGGUCGUCAUUUCUCAAGUGAUGUCGGCGCCGAACACCGAAGUUACAUAUUGGAAUUAGGUGGAUUCACGAUGAAGGAGGCUCGGUUCCGGAAGCAGAUGGAGCGGUUGCGCAAUGCCUCGCGUCGAGAUCUUGUCUUGGAAGUCGACCGUGAAUGGGGCUCCCUGAUUAUGAACACAGUCAAACAACUGAAUGCGGAGUACGCGAAGCGCCAGUCGCAAACUUCCAAUACGCCGGGUAGCACUGGUCUUGGUUCACUGACCACGCCGCCUACUGGUAUCGGCCGCUACAUAAGUCCGUCAAAUUCAGCUGGUAGUCUUCGCCAGCAGUCCACUUCCGGAGGAAGUUCAUUGGCGGUCGGACUAUUGCUUGGCACAACGACAGAUUCGCCUCUAUUGGGAACCUUGUUUGGGGCCAGUCCAGUCCCAGCUGCCUCGCUGAGCAACACAAACCAAAUCAGUCAACCCGCCUUUCUGUCCAGUCACCGUGUUAAGGUUUCGUUCAGAGACGAACCGGGAGAAGGUAGCGGUGUGGCGCGGUCGUUCUUCACUGUGUUUUCCGAAGCUGUUCUAUCACCAGAUACUCUGCCUCCCUUAACGCCGCUUCUGCAACCAACGACAUCCUCCUCCGUGACCUCUCUCUCGUCAGCGUCCUUAUCCUCACCUUCGUACACUUCACUGUUCCAUCAUCGUCACUACACCAACCUCAGUAGAGCACAAGCAAUCGCCCGGUCCCUUUCUAUUACCACACAUGCACCCAUCUCUUCUGGCGGCAAUUCGCGUUUCUCCAGCAGCGCUUUGACCACAUCGACGAGUGCACUAUCCCUCGGCACAGAGCCAAGAGCAACAGAUUCUGCUCCAGUCGUCAGUGGUGGUACGACAGUGCCUAUAUCAUUUUAUCCAUACGGUGGACAGUCAAGGCUAUCUGCUGGACGUGCACGCACAAGUGCCUGGCGACGUGCUGGUGGACUUUCUGCGCAAGCAUCACCAUUCUAUCCUGAAUGGGUUACUAACAAUAGCACAACUGGCGUUGCUGAAUCAGCCUCGCACCCCCAAGGUCGGUCAACAGGGCGCCGCGUUAGCUACUCGAUACCAUCAUCUCCGACGCGUGGGACUGGGGAGUCGGAGUGCGUUAACGUGCCGACAGAAACGAUGACCAUACCGGGACUUUCUCCAGGCGCAAGUCCCAGUAGUCAUCAUGGGAGUCAGGAGUCUGGACCUAGGGUGUUGCUCCGUUCUUCACUGCUGUCAUCCAGCACAUCAAGACCCGCGGCUUUCAGUUCCCCCGAUUCCCCAGCGGCUUCGAGGCCUACAUCCCCUCUCGGAUCCACAGGCGACUACAUACAAACCGCAGCUGAAAACGCGGGAUUCAACUCAGUGGGCAACAGACUGUUUGUACGAGUGCUGCAUCACACCAGAUCCGAAGAUUUAGCCGCACGGGUAACCGGAAUGUUGUUGGAAUUACCACCGACAGAGCACGCUACUCUGUUGUCAAAUGAAGAUGCUCUCCGUAAUCGUGUCGAAGAAGCACGUGCUGUGUUGAUGAUGUCAGAUGCUACGGAACGGGAUCAGACAAGCCACGAAAGGCCUCGGUUAUCAAGUACCUCUUCGUCGCAGCCUAUUCUCGAACGGUUGGUCAACUGGCGUGAGUCAAGCCAAACCGGAGAACAGACAUCCACUUUCCGAUCAACUAUCUCCACUGUCCCACUCGGUCCGAUAAGCACUCCGUCCAGUAGUAACAAUGCAGAUCCUGAGCGCGUCCCGUUAUUCUGGCAACCCGGUUUGCAGGGCUACUACUUCCCACGUGCAGUUCCUGGUACUAACCUUCAGUCGGCCGCUACGAUAGAUCCGCUCAGACUUGUCGCCAGAUAUUCAAUUUACCGAGGAAUCGGGCGUGUGAUUGGACUUUGCCUCCUGACAAAUGAAACGUGCCCCUUGCACUUCAAUCGACCCGUGUUGAAAUACAUUCUUGGGCGAGUUCUUCGCUGGCAUGAUUUUGCAUUCUACGACUCAACCACCUUUGAAGGUUUGAGGCAAUUACUUCGAAGUGCAUCUCCGGACAGUCCCGAAUCGGUAACAGACUACAAUCUCACUUUUUCGCUUAUCCCUGCUCCUGAGGAAGGUGGGGUUUGCAAAGGCUCAGACGUUGCUGCUCAGACUCAAGUACAUAAUCUUGCACCGAACGGAGAGGAACUUGAAGUCAAUGAAAGCAACGUCUAUGAAUUUGUCAAACGCUACACGGAAUUCAAAAUGCUCGAAUCUGUCCGUGAACCUUUAGAGCAACUACGUCAGGGUGUAUUCGAUGUGCUCCCACGCAACGCACUAGAUGGUCUCACAGCAGAAGAUUUGCGCCUAUUAUUGAACGGUGCAGGUGACAUCGACACGGAGAUCCUUGCAAGCUAUACGACUUUCCAUGACGAAACAGGUUCAGGUUCAACGGCCGCGUUAGGCAAAGCAAUUGAGAACGGGAGCAGUUUGAGCCACCUCGACAAAGUUGCCCGUCUUAAACGUUGGUUCUGGAGCACAGUUCGUUCGAUGGACAGCAAACAGAGACAAAACUUGCUGUACUUCUGGACUUCCAGUCCAGCCCUACCGGCCAGUUCUCAGGGCUUCCAGCCGAUGCCCUCAAUAACUAUCAGACCUGCUGACGACCAUCACCUACCGUCGGCCAAUACGUGCAUCUCCAGACUCUAUCUACCGCUCUAUUCAUCCAAGCAUAUACUGAAGGAAAAGCUACUCCAGGCCAUCGAAACCAAGAGCUUCGGUUUUGUGUGAUCUACGUUUGUUGUCGCCCAUAUAACUGAGUCACCAACCAAAUUCGGUUUCACUGUACAUCUGAUCAGAAGCAACCCGAAUUCGCAACGAUUAUUUUUUGACGUGUUGAUCUGCACCCUGUAAAGUUUGAAU